GUGCUGUUUUCAGUUUUCCACGAUGCGAUCAGUGGUGGCUGAGGUGAGUGAGGUGAGUCCGCGAUGUGCUCUGGUCAAGACAGGAUGAAGUUAGGAAGACAUGCCACCGGCCCUUCUCUGCACUAUCGUCGUCCUAGCGCUCCUCCACACUUCUACUAAUCUCAGGGCGAUGUCGAGCGUGGUAGCACUGGGUGCGGGAGCCAUCUGCAGCCGCAUCCCGGGGCUGACGGGACGUCAACGGGACAUGUGUCGGCAGGCGCCCGCGGCCAUGGUGGCAGUCGGUGACGGCGUACGACUCGCCAGCAGCGAGUGCCAGCAUCAGUUCCGCGCGCACCGCUGGAACUGCACCAACCUCCACAAGGCCAACUCAUUCGGACACGUUGUGCUAGUCGGCAGCAGGGAAGCAGCGUUCACGUACGCGAUGGCGAGCGCGGGAGUGACGUGGUUCGUGGCGGCAGCCUGCAGUCGCGGCAACAUCUCGACGUGUGGCUGUGCGGGGGCGGAGGGGAGCGGCGACGGGACGGGGGCGGUGGCCGGAAGCGGCAGUGCGGCCACAAGGUGGAAGUGGGCCGGCUGCUCGGUCGAUGCCGGCUACGGCAUGCGGCUGGCAAGGCGAUUCCUCGACGCACGCGAGAUCGAAGGCGACGCUCGCAGCCUCAUGAAUCUGCACAACAAUCGCGCUGGUCGCAAGUUGGUGAAAUGGAGCCUAAAGAGCGAGUGCAAGUGCCACGGGGUGUCGGGUAGCUGCACGAUGAAGACGUGCUGGCAGACGCUGCCGGCGUUCCGGCAAGUGGGCGACCUGCUGAUGCACAAGUACUGGCGCGCACGCAGCGUGGCAGCCGUCGCCCAGGGCGGCGUGGCAAAGGGUGGACUGCGGCUGGCCCUGCGUCGUGCCAAGGGCGGCUUCGUGGAGCCUCGCCGCUCCGACCUCGUCUACCUGCACGCGUCGCCCAACUACUGUGACAGCAACCCCGCUGUCGGCUCGCUCGGCACUGUAGGCCGCUCCUGUAAUCGCACAUCCACAGGAACGGACGGAUGCGAUUUGCUGUGCUGUGGCAGAGGAUACAACACUCAUCAAUACACAAGGACUUGGCAGUGCAAUUGCAAAUUCCACUGGUGUUGUUAUGUGAGAUGUGAAACGUGUAGUGAAAAAAGUGAACAGUAUACUUGCAAAUAAUUUUCGUGGUUUUUGAAACCUGAAACUGAAAUCCUACUAGAACAGUAUUUAUUUAUAAGUGUGUGACAUAUUUUUGACUAACUUUCUAGACAAUACUUUAGAUAACUUAUUUUAGAAUUGAGACACUUUGUUUACCAAUUGUUAGUAUGUGUGUAUAAAUGGGUACUGUGUCAGCACUUACUUGGAAAUAUAUCAUAUAUAUGAAUGUAUUCACUUUACAACUAUUCCAAUGGAUAAAGGCUCAAGAAUUUCUUGGAAUCAAUAUCGUUCUCUGAAGGUGCGAACAGAACGAAUGAGUCUCGGUUUUGAUCGAUACCACCAAUCAGGUCCAGAUCGAUAUGACUAUAUGACAGCACAUAGCGAGGAGGUGACCAACGGGAUCACGAUACGUGUGAAAGUACGACUUAACAGUUCACAAUUGACCAAUAAAAUGCUUGAAGCCGUAGCGCAGUGCGCCGGGCUUUAAAAGAACACAUCGAUGGCAGCUCACAUUAAUCCAAUAUCCAGUUAAAUCAUCUUGUAAAUCAAAAACGUCUAGGAUAUCAUCGUUAUGAACGCCAAUCGAGACUGUUCAUACCCAUGCUUUACAAGUGUCGAUCGUGAUUCUAGACUCACACUGAAAGCUGAAUAUUUACCUGACCGUUCUGUUCGUACCCUAACAUUAAUACAACUUGAAUAAUAUAAGAAAAUGAUGAGAAUACAAGAGUAAGCUUAAUUUUAACUCGUACCUUUUUCAUGAAAGCUGAUAUUCCAAAUCAAUAAUUUUAUAACAUCUUAGCGCUAAUAGAUAACCACUACUAGUCUCCACUAUGGGAAUAUAUUAUUUAAUGAAUGAUUGAUUCAUUAUUCUCAAUCAUUCCAUUUCAUGGCCAUAAUAUCCCGAUUAAUACACAUUGUUUAGUAUUAAAACCAUACAAAGUAGCCCAAUAAUUCAAUUCUCAGAAAUAAAACAUUGUAUUAUUGAUCCAUGACAUCUAUUACAGUAUUAUUAUGAAUCAUUUGUUAAGUGCGUAUUAAGUAUGGAAGAAAGUAAUAUCUGUACAUUUUUGUGUUCUCUGAUUUAUAUUAAUUGAAUAAAUACUAGGUUGCACAAUUUCGAAACUAUGUUUCUAUUAUUUGAAAUAAUAUUUUAAAUCAUUCUUACUUAGUUUCAUCAAUCAAUCUAUAAACUUUAUAAUCCAUUUCUAAGAUUUGAUUCCAAUAGAAAGAUCAUUCUCACAUAAUAUAGAAAAUGAUAAUGAAUUUUCACGAGAGGAUUCUUCGAUUUGUAAAUCAACAUAAUAUUACUUCACAAAUUAUAUAACGUAUCGUAUUCUUGUAGAAAAUCGUAUGCUUCUAUUUGAAGUGCGACCAUCAAAUUACUGACCUCAAAGAAAUGUAUUUAUGUAAAGAUUAAAAAAUUGUACUCGAAGAAAAU